UCCACCCGGAAGUAUUUCUGAAUUCUGCUGCUAACCAGGAAUGUAUAGUAGCACAGGAGGAGAGGAAAAGUGUGUCAUUAAACGUUUGUCUUUAUAAACAGACAAAAGUCCGUAUAAUUACAGUGUUCAUGAAGCUAAUGUUUAGUUAUGUAUAGGUUAGCAGUUUAGUAGCUGUUUCGUGUAGAGGUGAAGAAUAAGAACAGUGUUUGCCAACAUGUCCCGGGUGUCCCUGCUGUCUGAUAGGUCAUGAUAGGCUUGUCCAGUUAUGUGGGGGUUAUGGAAAGUGAAAUAAAUUUUGCUGAAGAGCAGCAACCCCUGUCUCCUCAGGCCAACUCGUGGACCAACAAACAGGAUCAAAAGCCUAAAGUUUUUGGUGGAUUUGUGUUAGUCCAUGCAGGAGCAGGAUACCAUUCUGAAUCUAAGGCCAAAGAGUACAAGCAUGUUUGUAAAAGGGCAUGUCAGCGAGCUGUGGAGCAGCUCAAAGCUGGCGUACUGGCAGUGGAAGCAGUGGCUGCAGCACUGGUGGAACUUGAAGAUUCUCCCUUUACAAACGCAGGCAUGGGCUCCAACCUCAAUUUGUCAGGGGAAAUUGAGUGCGAUGCGAGUAUCAUGGAUGGAAAAUCGCUCCAUUAUGGAGCUGUAGGUGCUAUUAGUGGUAUUAAGAACCCAGUCUUAGUCGCAAACCGUCUCCUGAGUGAAGCACAGAAAGGGAAACUAUCAGCUGGAAGAAUCCCACCCUGCUUUUUAGUUGGGCGAGGAGCACAUGACUGGGCUCUCAGCCAUGGCAUACCAUCAUGGCCUUCAGAAAAAAUGGCAACGAAAUUCAGUUUAUCUGCAUAUCGAAGAAACAAGCGAAAGAUGGAGCUGGCAGAGAAAAUGGAGCCAGGACAGACAAAGAGAAGACGACAAUCAAGCGAAAAUGAAAACGGCUCUGGGUGUCUGGACACAGUGGGAGCUGUUGUGGUAGACCUUGAAGGGAACGUAGCUGCAGCCGUGUCCAGUGGAGGCCUGGCCAUGAAACACUCCGGCAGGGUUGGUCAGGCUGCUCAUUACGGAUGCGGCUGCUGGGCUGAAAAUGGCUGUAAUCUGAAUACUUACUCUACGGCAGUGAGUACCUCAGGUUGUGGAGAGCAUCUGAUCCGCACCAUGCUGGCACGAGAAUGCUCCUCUGCCAUGCAGACUGAAGAUGCCCACCGUGCACUGCUGGAGACUAUGCAAAACAAAUUCAUCAGCUCCCCCUUUCUGGCGAGUGAAGAUCGUGUACUGGGCGGAGUAAUCGUCUUACGGUGCUGCAGAUGUGUAGAAACUCAGCCAUCUCAAAAUAUUCAGGGUAUCCUGGUGGAGUUCCUAUGGAGCCACACCACAGAGAGCAUGUGUGUUGGCUACAUGUCUGCCCAGGAUAGCAAAGCAAGGGGCAGGGAUUUUUUCCUCUCUACCCCCUGUGUCUGUCGUCUUCCUCUGCCAUAUUGUCUGUUGAGAGGCGCAGGUCGGCUACAAAUGUCAAUUGCAGAUGCUGGGAUUUGAAAACGAUGUUAAAUCACUGAGGUGAUUGGAAGUGCCUUUUAUGACCUCUCAAGAACGGAGGCUUAUUGGACCUAGCCCCUGGUUCUUGGUGCAGUAACUUCAUAGACUGUUUGGCUAAUGGCACUGUUGUUUAAGCCUGGUUCACAUUUCAAAGCCUUCGCCCACUGCCCCACUGCCCCACCACCCUGACUGCUUACCCAUUCAGCAUGACCCUCUCUGCUCCUACCUGCUCCAAAAGUACCCUAAAGUGAACUGAGUCAUGAACCACCGGGGAUAUCGGUAUCAAUCUGCAUACUUGUCACAUUGCUUGUGUGUAUUGGCCUUUGAGGAGGAAUGUGAGCGAGGAAGCUCACUUUUCACACCUUUGUCUUUGUAAAGUCGUGAGCACAACCCAGUUUGAUGUUGUAAGAAGGCAUUUUGAAAUCACUGUACUGAAAUAUGCUGUAGUUUGUUGGUUAACUUUCUUAAAAAAAUUCAUGUGGUACCAAAUGGGAUUUGGGCCACACAAUAGCAUUAAAGUAAUCAUCUUUCAAGUUCUCCCCAAGCGUUUCUUUGUUAAGCUCCAUCUGUGAUGUUUUUGAAAUUAAUGUGCCCAGUGGGUGCAGCUCCAUGAAUAUCAUCUGUCAGUAUUGGUUACUUGAUCUCCUGGGAGAGGGUGUCAACUUCCUCCUGGGUAGGGGCGGGGGGGGCACUGAUGACGUAGUGAGUUUUGAAGUGCGCAGUCAAGAACACAGCUGCUCCACCAAACCUCACAAUGAGCUAUCAAAGACCCAACAGCUCGUUGUGCGGCUGAGGCUGUGAUGCCUGCAUGUGUGUCUCUGCAGAUCUCACCAUCUGCAUACCAGAGAAUCUGCCUCUUCUGUCCUUCAUGCCUUCACACUCAGUGCACAACAAGGUUUCCAUUUCCCCCCAGACGGGCCCAGAGCUGGCCACCAAAAAGUCAAAAGAGAGCAGACGUUUGAACCCAAUCUGGUAAAGUUUAUCAAAUCAGGGAUCUCCACUCUGGUUGACCAUCAUCUACAAACGCUGCAGCACACACUGUAACCCACAGCAGUGGGUUGUACCAACUGUUCUUUUUAAAAAACAGAUCUUUCAAUAUACCCUCUGAAGGAUUUCCAAGAUUAGAUGCAAUUAUGAAUCGCAGAGCGUGAUCAGACCAUUUGGAUCUUCUUGUUGAUAUUAUGCCUCCAGCCUCCAGUAGGCAAAAAACAUCUUCAAACACUACCAGACAACAGAAGUACCCAACACUCACAAAACAAACCAAUAUAAUUAAACAACAAUAACCAAUAAUAAAUCAACAUUUACAGAAGUUCUUCUUCAGGUUCUGUUUGAACAUUUGAAAAGUCCUGACUGCCCCCAAAAUAUGAGCGAUACAAUACUGUGUCAAACUGUAUAAUACAAUAGCCAAUAUGAUAUGAAAGUAUCAAUUAUGAAAGUUAAAAAUAAAAGAAUAUUUAUAAUGCUUUUCUUGGUUGCAAAAUAAUAUUAGAAUUUAUUUAUUUAUUUUUUUACUAUUGCAGAAUUAGAAAUUUAGAAGAAUAUUUAGCAUGCAGUACCUGCCCUCCAGGGGACGCCCUCUUGUUUUCACCCAUAGUAUCUGUUAUGUAUGUUAUGUAACAACAGUCAUUUUCAUCGGUGAUUAGUCAGAGAUAACAAGCAGUGUUUCAGAAGAAAAGGGGAAAAGUUAAUCAUUGAUUUUGAAUUUUUCAGCCCAAACAAACAAGAUGUGCAAGUGUACAAUAAAACAAUAAAACUCGUUGGUUGUUGUCCUAAGGACAUCCUCCACAUCAGACUGUUCAGUGCAGUGUUACGGCGACUGUCAAACAUUCACAGUUGGAGCUCUUCAUCUCUUCAGCUGCUCCUUCACAGACAUUCUUCACAUACCUAUACUCUAAGCAUCCUGUGGGUGAUUCUCAUCAACCAGUGAAAGUCUGUCUGUUGGUGUUUUUCUCUGAUAAGUAUGAAUUAUACAGUAGCAGGGGGAAAGUGGGCCAAAGGCCGGAGUGGAUUUUUAUUCAAGCACUUCUCUCUCUUUCAUGGUUUUACACUGUUUUCACUGUGAGAUAGCUGUGUUUGUUUUGCCUGAUUAUAGUUCAAUACCAGACAACAGUGAAAUGCACUAUGGCCCAGUUCAAAGUGUGGUGGACAUUCAUGCAGUUCUCCAGACUCUGUACUGACAGCUCUUUCAUCAGAUGUUUCUAGGAGUACUUACCUGAUCUUAGUUUUUGACAGACUACCUUUUCUUCGUUAGUUUGAUCAGCAGAACAGAUUUGUGGCGAUUAUUUUGGACUAUGUUUUUGUUGUUCGUGGAGACUGGACAGAUAAAAGAGAAUCACAGAACUCUACGCUCCGUCACCACGGCCCAUUUCCCGCCUGCUGGGCAUAAUUACCUCUGUAUGAACAUUGUGCAGCUAAAAUGGUGUAUUGCAAAAUCAAAUAGCAUGCAAUGUAGUCAUUCACAUUGCCUGCCUUGUAUAUUGCAUGAUAAAUGAUUUUCAUUAUGGUACAUUUUGUUUCUAUUAUCCAUCUCGUGUGGAGAAUAACUAGCAUAUGAUUUUUUUUUCAUUUUUAUUGUGUUCAAAGAACAGAAUGUUUAAACCGCAGCACAAAGGCAGCAGCAGAGUCAAUGAGCUAAAAUGAUUCCUCAGCCUACAUUGUGGUGUUAAUGUGUGGCUUCUUGAGCUCCUAAACACAUUCGUAUCACCAAAGAAUGUUGUUUUGCUCUGCAUGAUACAAUGGAAUUGUGUUUUUCACGUCAUGUUUGGAUCUUGUCAGUUAAGUUAGAAGCUGACGACAGGCCUACUUUGGGUUGGCAGGAAUUUUUUUUCCCUCCGGCUGUCAUACUAUAUUUUUGUUAUAUUUAACCGUCUUUAAAGGCACUGCACUUAUUAUUGGUUCUUUGACAUGAUUUUGACAAUAAGGAUGAAAAGACUAAUUUUAAUUUUGGGGUUUAUUCCAAAAUUGUUUAACACUGAAUUGAUUGAGAUAACACAUGAAUAUCACUUUUCUACAAAAGGGAAAUCUUCUGUGGUGAUCUGUUUGCCUGCAGUAAGAUAAGAGGUCAAUAGAUCCUCGAAUUGUACCAAGUACUUUGAAUAACAAUCUUAACCAGACUGGGUCAUUUUGUGACCCCAGAGGUCAACAGGUGUCCGCAGUGUGGAGCACAUUAUGAGGAUUAAACCAGUGCAUGUUUUUAGAGUGCACAUGACAUCUUCAGGGCUGUAAUGGUGUUAAUGGUUUCUGGGUUAGUUAGUAACCAUUUACCUCUUCCUGCAAAACUUUUACACUGACACCAAAAUAAUGGUAGGUAUAUGCAACAGUGAUGUGUUAUGUAGGGAUCAGUUCAAGGUCACUUGGGUGUCACUGCGUGACAUGGUUUCUUACAAAGUACAUGAAGUCAUACUGAUGGCUUAAUGGUGUCUGUAUUUUCAGCUGUGUAUUCAGUGUCCUUGGAAUUUGGAAAGAGCUUUUGCGUCGAUCUGCACUGCAGACAUCAAAAGAAAAACAAUUAGCGUGUCACCAUUAGUCAAUUAUGUCCCAGCUACGGAGCUUCAAUCAGAACUAUUCAGAGGAGGCUUCUCUUUAACCUCAUCCCCAGAAGAUGAAGGGUAAGAAGAGGAAGGCAGAGAGGGGUUCUGGAGGCAUAAUAGCCCCCAGAGUGUUGCCAUGUGUGCUGUGCCUUGUCUGGCUGUUGUCCUGCUGCAGUGACAGCCGUUGCCCUUGGGCUGCCAGGGGCCAUCGCUUAGGACUCUGUGAAAAACAGUCCAGUCCAGUCGAAGGCUUUUUCAACUGAAAGAGUGAUGUCAGGCCAAUUCAUUACUCUGAUGAAUAAGUGGAAGGACUCUUCCCUGUAGGCUGGAGCCUCUAAGGAGCAAGACAGAGAGGAAGGAGGUUGACAGCCAUUACUGGCACAGAGAUAGUGUCACCUUUGAUCCUCCAGUGGAAGUUAUACUCGAGCCUCCGCAGCUGCGUUUUCCCCUUCCCUUCACCUCUUAAUCUUCAGUGUCUCUGGUCAAAUAAAGAACAUUUGCAGUGCAUGCCAUCUCAGUUCAAAAGCUCUGAAGGUACUAGGUUAAAGCAAUGACCUGCAUAUAAUAGCGCAGUUAGGACAGAAGUGGUGCAACAUGCUAACGUGGAAAAUGGAGUUUGUAUUUUAAAAGACACAAAGACAAUAAAUGAACUUCAACAACAACAACAACAUAGAAGACAUCAAAAAGAAUAUCAGUCAACAUUAGACACAUGACGUUUUGUAUUCGUGACUGAUGACUAGUCCAACUUUAGGUUAAAGUCGGUGUUUGGUAUUAUAAUAAUAGAUAUGUUGAUAAAUGUAACAUUAUUUGAAAUUUUAUGCACAUAUUUUAGCUUUAGAAUUAACUAAAAAAUAUAUUUAGAACCCUGGGGAACACCUGCUGUAUUGAUGUGUGUGUUUUAAAUAUAUAAAUAUAAGUUGGACUAUUAAAAAUAAAUUUAAAUGUCACACAAUUAAGGGUUAUUAGAAUCUGGCUAGUAAGACUUAGCUUAGCGUACCAAUUUCCAUAAAACCUGUCAAAUUAUUUGGAUGUUUUUCUCAUUGUGUCUUCU